UGCGGUCUUUCCUUUGGCCCAGUACUACGAGCGUACGCUUGCGAGACCGCAACACCAGCGCCUGACCAGAGUCUUGCUUUCGCGACGGCGCCGUCGGAUUCGUAAAAUGGCGUCCUUCAUCAACCGAUUCAAACGAAAGUUGCGGGGGGAGAGUACGACCCCUCAGCGCGCAGACACGUUUGCGACCGAAUCUAGCGCCUUCCCAGACGGAAAAGACACGGAAAAGCACGAUGUCCCACUGCCCGGUCCUGAGAAGACGGACCACGAGAUCACAGCAUCUGGGACUUCUCCGACAAUUGAUGAAGAAGGCAACGUUACCGACCUUCCAGACGACGUCCGGGAAUUGCCCAAGAUCGUGCGAAACAUCGUUAGUCUCGAAGAUGAUCCAAACGCGCCUACUCUAACCUUUCGAUACUUUCUCCUAUGCUUCAUCUUUGUACCGCCAGGUGCAAUUCUUUAUACGAUGGGAGUUUACCGGACGACAGCCGCUGUCUAUCCUGUUCUCUUUGUUCAGAUUGCUUCUCAUUACAUGGGACAUUGGCUCGCUGAUGUCCUCCCAAAGAAAAUUAUUCGCAUUCCGUUCACCAAAUUCAGCUUCAAUCUGAACCCAGGCCCAUGGCACGUGAAAGAAAAUGUGCUCGUCACCGUCACUGCGGCUUCUGGAGCGACUGGAAAUGCCGCCUGGUCAGUCAUUUCCCUAGCCCAACUAUACUACGACACCUACAUCCCAGCAGCGGCAUCAGUAUUCUUCAUGUGGGCCAUCGUGUACAUCGGAUACGCUAUGGCGGCUCUGGCCCGCCAAUUUCUCCUCUAUGACCCCAUCUAUACCUGGCCAUACUCCUUGAUGCAGACUGCCGUCUUCGAGACCCUGAGCAAGUCCGCCCGCGACUCCUGGGUUGCAAAGAAGCAGAAGAUUGUUUUCUUCGGAGCACUGGCGUUCAUAGUAUGCUGGCAAUUUUUACCAGAAUACGUGUUUCCGUUCCUGAGCUCAUUAUCCUUCCUCUGCUGGGUCGCGCCUCAUAAUUCCGUGGCGAACUUCGUUGGAGCUGGCAUCGGAGGCAUGGGCAUGCUCAAUUUGUCACUGGAUUGGGCCAAUAUCUCGAAUCAGGCUUUCAACAGUCCGAUGGUGGUCCCGUUCUGGACAACGGUGGUCCUUACGGUCGCGUACAUUUUCAGCUGCUGGAUUUUGCUUCCGGCUGCGAAAUGGGGUGGGCUUGGAGAAUGGAAUCAUCAACUUAUGUCCAACCGCAUCUUCCUAGAGAAUGGGACGAAAUACCCUGCGGCUGCUCUAAUUACGCCUGAUCUCACGUUCAACGAGACAGCCUAUCAGGAACUCGGGCCCGUGUACAUGGGAACCCAAGCAAUAUGGGCCUUGUUCUUCGAUUACUCGUCGUACAUCAGUGCUCUCACCUGGAUGGCGCUCUUCGGAUACCCAAAGAUCCGCGAGACAUAUCAGAAACUGCGCAAGCGGGCCAAAGACAAAGGAAAAGACACUAUUAACGAAUUCUACACCGAUCGGUUGAACGUGCUCAUGCGUUCGUACAAGGAGGUUCCCCUGUGGUGGUACGUGGUGCUAUUCAUCGCAUCCUUCGUCACAAUCAUUGUCAUCCUCGCCAAAGGCUAUUUCUUCAUCCCUAUCUGGACCUUCAUCAUCGCCAUCUUCAGCUCCGGGCUGAUGAUAUUACCCUUCGGCUGGCUCUACUCCUUCUCUAGCUUCCAAGUCGCCAUUGGCUCCUUCAAUGAGCUCCUCUACGGCUUCAUGGUCCACGCAACUUCGGGGCACAAGCACCCUGCCGGCGCCAACGCGUACGGCUGCAUCGCAGGCGACAUCUGGUAUCGCGCACAGUAUAUGCUUCAGGACCAGAAGAUUGGCCACUACAUGCACGUCCCACCGCGCGCUAUCUUCUUCAGCCAGAUCUUCGGCGAGCUGAUUGGCGUCCCUAUUAACUACGGCGUCAUCCAGUGGGUGCUCCGCGCAAAGAAAGACUAUCUCCUGGGCGAUAAGGAGGAUCCGCUGCACCAAUGGACAGGCCAACAGCUCGCGAGUUAUAAUACGAUGGGCGUGCAAUAUGUGCUUAUUGGGCCAAAGCGGCUGUUUGCGCAGCAUAUGUAUAAGCCGCUGCCGUGGGCGUUUUUGUAUGGCGCUGCGGCGCCGUUGGUGUUGUAUGCGCUGCAUCGGGCGUUUCCUAGGUCGAAGUUGAAGUUUCACCUCUGGAAUAUUACCAUCUUCGGUUCCGGAGUCUCCGCCUUCUAUGGCAACCUUUCCACAGGCUACAUUUCGCGCUUUAUUGUCGGCUACAUCUGCAUGCGGUGGUUCUUCCGGCACCGCUUCGAAACGUGGAGGCGGUAUAAUUAUCUCGUUGCGGCGGCACUUGAUGCUGGGUUCAAUAUCGCGAUGUUGUUGAUGUUCAUUUUCCUUAGUAGUGGAAAGGUGGUUACGAUGCCGAAUUGGUGGGGGAAUAAUGAGGAGAGUGUAGAGCGGUGCUUUGCGCUCGAGGACUAGUGGAAAUCUGGCACAAGCAACCUUGGCGCCUCAGAGGGAUCUAAUGGUGAGUUUAAGAGAUAAAAGGCCCACUGCAAAGCCGUUUGGUCUAGAACCGGUUUGACAAGAUUGCGGGUCCACGUACAACACCUUACACUCGGAAACCUAGUACUAUCUUGUACCGAUGCAUUGGCCCCGAUCUCGCAACACUAAAUUUCAGCCCCUCCUGUUACGAUCGCAGGAUCGGACAAACUGGGCGCUGCUCCGAAGGGGGACCAAGAGGGCGAGAC